AUGCUCUUAGAAGGAAAACUGAUCCUGUUCUCCCUCAUUACACGAAGGCAGUCCCGUUACCGACCGUUUUUGCGUGUUGCACGCAUCCAUCGACAUCUAUCUACUAAGCGCCGUUCCGGACAAUCUCAUGGCGUCGAUACUCAUGUUCCGCAUCGACGCCCAGGAUGCACUGCACUCCAUUGCCCCGCUUGUCCUGAGCCAGGUUUUAACAUAGAUGUUGAUGAGAUUAGGGAUGUUAAACCUGAAUUCCGACAUACAGUCACUCGUUUUUUUGCGGUUGAUGGUUGCCACAGUGCUCAACAAUUGAAGAAGCGUGAUGACCCUGAUGAUGUGGCUCUGAACGGCGGCUCAGCCUACUUUGUAAAGCGUGAGCCGUUCAGAGCAUAUGCGAGCAAACAGACAGGAGAACCCGAUAACAUCCUCAAAUUCAAGAAUGCUAUUGUAACGGGAAUAGUGGGCAUGAUCUGCACACGCCACGGCUUUUUUUAUCCAUCUGGUAUGGUCGACAUGGAUAGAGGCGAGGGAUACCACCUGGUGGAUUGGAUUAUUUAUCAGGGUUUCUCGAUGUAUCCAAAUCUCCGGUGGAUUUUCGGAAGUUAUGACCUAUGGUGUAUCUACAUCAAGAACUUCAUCAAGCGGUUGCGGAACAACAGCGAGUUCUUCAACAACGAAGAAACCCUAAAGCUAUUGGAAACAGUAACUGGUGCCAUUCCUCAAGGUCAUAUCGAUGGACACAAUGACGACUGCAAAGCGAAGUAUCAUUUUGCCUAUACUAGGUUUGUUGCGAUGACCAUCAGGGAACUGGUAGAAACUCCUUGGGCAGUGGAGAAGCUGACUGGUGGAAGCACAAGGCACAUGAACGAUGGUCAUCGUCACGACACACUGGAUGAUUUCCAUGGCUUUUGGAACUGGCAAAAAUACCAAAAACUCGGAUCGGCACUGAAGUCCAAGUGGGCAAAAGCAGUGCAAAUGAUAGCGGAAUUACAGCCCACCUUCGACGAGCUUUCCGGUUCUUUUGAACCAACAGUUAUAGCAGAAUGGGAGCAGCUCUACAUCAAGCCAUUACCAGGUCCUCGUGAUGACAUUGCUGAAGAUCUUUUUGUAAGCCGUGUGGACAAGAAUAUUCCAUCCCUUAAGACCAGAAUAUCAGAACAGAUAACGAAGGAGCGAGUCAACGUGGACAGCCAAAGUCAACAGGCCCUCGAUGGCGUAACAGACUUGAUUCUAACGGGAAUCAACCUGGAUCGUACACGCUGCAAAAUAUUGCGUUUGGCCUCGCUUAGCAAUCCUCCCAAGGAUAAGCUGAAGAAGAUGGAUGCAGCACGCACUCGUUUUCACAAAGACAGUCUAGCAUUCAGCGAAAUGAUGUCUAGUUACUAUCCGGCACUGGUGUCGCUAAUUCAGCGCCAUGCAAAGGAUCUCAACCUACAGCAUCCUGAAAGGAACACUCUACCCCUCCCCAGUUCUUUCAAUGGUCAUGAGCGUAACGCGUGUGGUUUGUCCCAAGCAGCUGCUAUCGAAUGUAGCCUGCGUGAGGGUCUAGCACAUGACUGUCUAGAAGACGUUCGCAUACGUGUUCUCACAUACAACCAUAUAGUUGCUGUGAAAAAGGUUGAGGUUACAGGCCAACGUCAACAUACUCGAGCUCAAGGGCUGCUUUGCACUCAAAUGAAUGGCGCAAAAGAUGCCUGCCGCCUUUAUAAUCAUAACCGACAAGCUCUUAUUGCAUUGGGAUUGGAUGAACAUGAUCAAGAGAUACGAGCGUUAAAGGAGACUGAGCUAUGGUGCAGAAAUACGAGCAAGGCCAGACACCUUGGCUCCAGUCAACCAGAUCCCUGGUAUUGGUCAAUUGGGCGUCGAAACAUAAAUGAGGACUCAGAUGAGUCAGAGAAGUGGAAGGUUGAAAUGCACCGGGUUAAAUGGUUCCAUGACCGAGCAAUACUGGAUAGAUGGAAGGAGGAGAAAGAGAUUCUGGAAGCUGAAUAUCCCCGCAUAGUACGAGCACAUGCACAAAUGCAGGAGAUUUGGAACAUGCUUGCUGAUGAGCAUGCUCAGCUUGCAAGGUCUCUGAAGGUGGGAGUGGGCAACACCUCUCGACAAUGUAUGGUGCUGCUAGGAUAUGAGUCAUAUGCCCAAAAACAGGCUUAUGUACAUGAAAAACUUGGGUUCAAUGUUGAAAGGGAGUGGCAGAUGAAGGAGAAGGUGAAGCCUAGUAGGAGAAAAUGGGAUAAGAGGGUGCAUAGUGAGGAUAAUGAGGAGUCUAAAGAUGAUGGCAAUGAUGAGUGGGAGACGGUGAAUGAUUUUGCCUAUCUUGAUGAGGAAGUAUUAGAUGAGGAGGAUUAA